AUGUUUCGUAUGUUCCGCAAGAUAUUCGCAGCAUUCAACCUACUUCUCAUCGUCCAUGUCACCUCGGAUGCCGUCGCUCCUUCUUCCAAAGAGCGGAAGAGCUUCCCUCCCUCGCCAAUGUCCAACGUAUCGAACGUCAUGGAAGAAUCUAAACUCCGCACCACGUGGAUAUUCCUAGACAAACCACCGGACGAAGCGUUGAACGAAGAGAAGCUGGCCCGCAUGGCCAAUUGGGUUUCGCAGGUGACGGCCCUGCCCCCCACCAUGAAACAGCAGAGCACGAAAAGGCAAGAGAACGCAGACUGGCAAAAGGCUCAAGAUGAGGAAAUGAAAGAAGUAGCUGGUUCUAAAAAGCCUCCGGGAUGUGCCCAAUAUGGUCGGUACUAUUGCAGUUACAAAGAAGACUAUCCUAUUGACGUUGUAAGCCAAGUGAUUCGAUACAUGAAAUGGCCAUUGGAAAAACUCUUCCGAGACUUGAAGAAGCAACGCAUGCCCCGAAUAGCCGAGAAUGCUGAUGGCGCCUUGGUGUGCGAUUCCAUCACUCGCAUGAUACGACCAGGUUGGGCCAAGAACAACAACGGGAGAUGGGUAGUCAUCAUCAACACGGAACAGUACGCGCAAUUUGUCACGGAAGUCAUAUGCAGGUACGAUAACUCAUACUGCAACUUUGUGCCGCCAUGCUAUCAAGCUACUUGCCAGCAGAGAUACAACACACAGACCUUACUGGCAAUUGAUCCUUACAACCCACACAAAGGACCAUUUCUUUCCAAGUUCCUUUUCCCAUCCUGUUGCGUCUGCUACGUGCCUAAGGUUAAAUUUGAUAAAACAAAUGAUGACUAUUAAUAACAUUUUGCAAGUUCGUUAAGCGGAGAAAUAUUAAGAUGAACUUCGUUAGUCACUGAUGAAAUCAUUAUGUCAGUCAUCAUUUUGAAAAAUUGAU